AUGUCCCCAUAUGCAUUGGUGUUUGGGAAGGCAUGUCACCUGCCACUAGAAUUAGAGCAUAAGGCGCUGUGGGCAGUGAAGAAGCUUAACUUUGAUAUGAAGGCUACAAGGGAGGAGAGAAAACUUCAGUUACUCAAGCUGGACGAAUGGAGACUUCAGGCAUAUGAAAUGCCAAAAUAUACAAAGAACGUACAAAGCGUUGGCAUGACAAGCGACUGUGCGAAAAGAAUCUCCAGUGCGGUUGAAUUAACAAAUGAAGAAGGGACCAACGCAUUUAAGGUAAAUGGACAAAGAGUUAAGGUGUAUCAUAGAGGAGAUUUUCAACGCGAGAAAACUUCCGUGGACUUGAGGAAUCCAGAAUGA